AUGGAAGUCCACUCCUCGGAACCGGCUACAGAGCCCGUCCGAUUCCGCACUGGCAAAAAACGAAAAGCCUAUCGCCAACGCGUCCAGCAAGAUGACGCCUCUGUCGCAGAAACAAUACAAUCGCAUCCCACUGCGUCUGCCUCAGAACCCAGUCAUGAACUCUCCCGAAACACUUCACCAGAUCGCGCCCAAGAUGAAGAAGAAUCUGUUGUUGCUGCACUCAAGUUGCGCAAUGCGCGAAGAGCCCGACUUGGAGGUGUCGCAUUUCGAAACACAAACCGACCAGACGACGAUAUGAACAACGAGCGUGCUCUCAUUCCACACGACGCAGAUGGUACUUCGAAUAACGAACCCAUCGUGAAAGGAGUUGCAGAUAGAUUUACUCACCAGACGGGCAGACUUACAGAUCUUAAUGACAAGCAUAUGAUGGAUUACAUAGAAUCCCGAUUAUAUAAUCGCGCGGGCGGAAAUACCUCACACAACACUUUAUCAGCGUCUACAUCAGACCCGGCUCGGCAACCUUCUGCAACAACAACAGCAACAACAACAACAAACCAUGAGAGUGGACGGGCAGUAAUGCAGGGCCAGUUGGUGGAGAUCAGUCUCGAAGACCACUCUGCUCGAGGUGAGAACCCUGUUCAGGCAGAUAGUGCUACAGAUGGCGGACCAAGAGCCAAGAAGCCUAGACUUAGAAAGGAUGGCACGCCAUGGCGUCCGCGAAACCGUCGAGAUAGUGACGCCCUCAAACGAGAUCAGAUCGUUGACGAGAUUCUCCAUGAAACAAGACUCGACUUAUACGAACCGACUCCAGGACAAGACAGCCACACUGCAGUUGCCGAUCAGGAUGGUGCCGCUGAUGCGCGGCUCGCCGAAGAGUUCCGGCAGCAAUUCCUUGAGGAUGUAGCAGAACGACAGCUUCGCAAAAAGAAGGCAACGAACCAAACAACGCGCCCCGGUACCGAGGAAGUACUCAAAGGCCCCAAACUCGGUGGCAGCCGUAACGCUAGAGCUCAGAUGAGAGAUCUUUUGUUGAAGAAAGAGAAGGAAGGAAAGAAAUAG